AUGUCUGUCAAGGCAAAUACUGAAACUGUGUUUUGCAACGUUCAGGUCUUGUCAUACAACACAGCUAAAGAUCCAUUCGAGUUGACAGAGGUAAGACAAGGGGAUAAUACAGACACGAUUCACACGAAGGAUAUGCUUCAAAAAUAUGCUGAGGACCAUUAUCCUGUUAAUCUUGCUAAAGAAAGGCGAAUCUGUUGGCUGAGAAGAGACAAAGAGCAGGAUAUUGAGGAUGAAAGACAUAAUGCUUUCUGGGACUGGAUUGAUGCAUUUCAGAUGAAGGUUCAUGGCAUUCGGCCUGAGGACAUUAAAGCAGAGGAAGAGCAACACAAGAAAGAGGCAGAGGAGUUAGAAACUCAGAGAAUUGCUGGAUGGCAGAAGAGUGUUGAUGAGAGUUUCUGUGACGAGCACAAUGACAAUUCCAGAAAUUCUAGCAUAAACGAAGAAGACAAGGAAAUAGACACCUGUAGUAGUGAUGACAAGAAGCUGUUCAGUAUAGAGGUGGCUCUCAGCAGAAGUCCACCAUUGUAUGGUCCAUAUCCCAUUUGA